AACGAAGAGUCCGCUUUCUGCCUUCCGAUUGGCUGUUUGAUUGGGCUACUUCCCUUCACCCCUCCCGGUAGCUCUUAUAAAUUACACCAAAUUGGUUAUCCUUUCCACUUCCUUCUCCUUGAAUAAGAAGCUGUAACUGCAUUUUUGGCCGUAAUGUCUGGACGCGGAAAGCAGGGAGGCAAAGCUCGCGCCAAGGCCAAGUCGCGCUCGUCCCGCGCCGGCCUGCAGUUCCCGGUGGGGCGAGUGCACCGCCUGCUGCGCAAGGGCAACUACGCCGAGCGGGUGGGGGCCGGCGCGCCGGUGUACCUGGCGGCGGUGCUGGAGUACCUGACGGCGGAAAUCCUGGAGCUGGCGGGGAACGCGGCCCGCGACAACAAGAAGACGCGCAUCAUCCCUCGCCAUUUGCAGCUAGCCGUGAGAAAUGACGAAGAGCUCAACAAGUUACUCGGGGGUGUCACCAUUGCCCAGGGCGGCGUCUUGCCCAAUAUACAGGCGGUCUUGUUGCCCAAGAAAACGGAGAGUCACAAGCCUGGCAAGAACAAGUAAUUAGGAAGCUUGAGA